AGUUAGCUGAUGGUGAUAUGAUAAAGAAAAACAGAUAUAGAUACUGCAACGUAACGAAGAAUUCUUUAUCUCAGGACCUGAGUUUUUUCUUCCCACAAUCGGGCCGGCAUGGCCUCUGGUUGUAGUGAAGUGCUUGUUUUGAUCUUCCAUAGUCAACUUUUGCUGAAAAGGCACUAAAGUUCUUAAUAUACAUUAUAAAUUUAUAUUCAAAACUGAAUGAGUUGAUCAUAUCCCUUCGCUUGUUUAACUCAUAAUAUACAAACGGCAAAGAAUGAAAGUAAAUUGUUGACCUUGGUGACAAACUUUAGAUUAACCAAUUGGAUGGAUUGAUAUACUAACAUCGCAGUGGAGAGCAAAUACCUCAUAUGGCAGCGGAUUGAAUCCCACUUUUUAUACCUCCUUUCUUGACAUUACGGGCUUCCCAGAAUCAGAGCAUACAGAUCUCCGCUUUGUUAGAGCAACGCCCGGUUUUCUAAUUAUUGAGAAUGAUACUUGAGGUGGCCAUCGGAGGUAGGUGAGCUUGGAUUCGAAAGUUUAGAAUGUUUUGUUGGGAGAGAUGAUUGACAUGUCCUGCCUCCAGCGUAUUUAUAACCCUAGGUUUUAGACAUUCUGGCGUUACCAUGGAUGUAUAAUGAAAUCAAUACGAAGGAGUGGAGAGAGUGGUUUAAUGGUUGUUAUUGCAAUCAUUACAGGGAGAAAUUGAAUGCUAUGGGAAGGCGUUACUUGUCUUUGAAAAUCGAAGGAAAGAAUUCUCAACUGUCACUCUGCGUUCUUCUUCGGUUAGACAACACAAGGUUCAGGAAGAAUAAGACUACAGAACGUAGAUGGGCUUCUCGUUAUAAUUAAAUUCACCUAGUAGCCCAUCGUUUACAAAAUGGUCAAACAUGCAAUUAUAACGUUAAGACUAAGUUUAGUGUCGUGUAGUAGCUAUAAUAACUGGCCCAUUAAGAAAUUCUCGAAGAGACGAAACAUUUGCGUUUUCAGAUAGAGAAGCUGACGUGUCAGCAUAUGCCCCCUUCUAACCGAUGAUGUGGCACUCUAAGGAGGGAGAAAAGCCAACUUUAUAGUAUUAGAUAUUCGGAUCAUGCAAGAAAGUAUAGAGACACAGAGAAAAACAAAAAUGUGUUUAAAAAGAACAUCACUAGUUUUAUACAUUCUCUUAAUCAUUCAUCUACAGCACAAUUUUUCUUCUGUUAGUUCAAGGCCUUCUUCUGUUGAUACAUACCACGAGAGUCUUCCUCUCAGAGCCAUAAAACCUAUUUAUAAAUUUUGAUUCGGGUUCGUAUCAAAUCUUUGCAGAUUCAGUCUAAGUUCAGAUAUCCAUUUAAAUUAUAUAAACUAAUUCAGAAAAUAUGCAACAUAUAAAUUUGAAUAUUGUACGCUAAAAAUCUAAAAUUAACAUGAAAUUAGUUAUUCUUAGCUAAUUUCAUGUUUUGAAUAUUUUUUGGACAUUUACUUUUAGAUAUCUUCCAAAUUAUUUGGAUAAUUCUGAGUGUUUUUUUUGUAUGCUGAAUAUUUUUAGAAUAUUUGACUUAAAAAUAAUUAAUAUAUUUAAUAAAGAAUUGUUACUCGGGUAUCCAAAAUAUCUCGAUUCAAGUCGGGUAUCUUCUUCUUUAUAUACAAAAGUUUUGGAUCUAUUUGGAUAUCUUAGCAGUUUUCUGUUCAGAUACCUUUUUGUAUGGGGUUCGGUUCAGUUAUUCGGGUUUGGAUAUUUUGUCCAACACUAAAAAAAUAAUAAAAUCUUAAUUUAUUAUUUUAUCAUUUUAUUUAUCUGUUUUAAAAUUACAUAACCCGCAUUUAAUAUGGGUCAAAAUCUAGUUUAAUGUUUAAGAUACAAAUUUAAACCAACACAUAUUGGUUUAUAGUCAGUUUAUAAGGUCUUGGAGUUUUCGAAUUUAGAUUUUGUAGGGAAGAAAAUUGAUUUUGGAAAUUAGUUUGGUCUUGCCAAAGCUUUUUUAGAAGGGUGAGUCGGUUUGUAGUUUGAUCUCAUGUUAGUUCGAUUUAAAUUAUAUUUCAAUUCCAACUAUAUUGAUAUCAGUUUAGGAACUAAACCAUUAAAGCAAGUCAAACCAUUAUCUGUGUGGAUAUGGGUUUCGAUUUUUUUGAUUGAAGGAUAGGCCUGGGAAUAUGAAUCAUAGUCCACGGGCCUUGCCCUGUUGACCUGACGCGGGGCGGGUGUGGAUCGAACGAUUUAAAAAUUUUGAUUCGCAGGUUUGGGGUAUGAGAUUUUUAUGCGGGGCCGAUCCAGAUUGGGGGAUUUUGAAUUGCGGGUACCCGCCAAUCCAUAAUACUAUUUUUUAUUAAAAAAAGUUUUUUUAAAAAAAUUUAUUUUUGUAAGUAAAAGUAUAUUUUUAAAAAAAAUAAGAUUUAAAAAAAAUUAUCAAAAAUUAAAAAAGAUAUAGAAAAUUUAAUUAUAAAUAUAUUAUUUAUAUUAUAUUUUAGAAAAUGCAUUAAAUAAUUCUUUUUCAAAAUAAUAUUAUAUGCGGGUGUCGUGAAUUACCCACAAAUCUGAGCGGAGCGGAGCGGAUGCGGUAUAUAAUUUUUCUUUACGGGUCAUGCAUGUCAAUUUUUUUUUUUGUCAUCAACAAUACAGACUCAUACUGACUCUGUAAACCAAACCGGGUGAUCUGAAUCCAUGUGAACGACAAAAGAUGGUUGCUUUCUAGCACUGCGCGCUAGACGAUCCGCCUUUGAAUUUUGCAUCCGUGGUACAUAGAUAAUCUCUGAUCCGGUGAAGCUCUCUUUCAGGGUCUUGAUAUCUUCCAAAUAGUUUGCAAAAGCUGACCAUUCUUCUGGUUCGGAAACCAUCUUCACCAAUUGAGAACAAUCUGUUGCAAACGUAAUCUGAAAUUAACGUAAAUUCCUCAUACAUUCCAUUGCCUAGAGCAACGCUUCAAUCUCUGCAUGAAGAGGCGAUAGACUAGCCGUAACAUUCCUCGCCCCCAACAAUCCAUCAAAACCUUCCAAAGUACUAAGCCAACCUUGUCCUGAAAAACUAUCCCCCUCUUUCCACGAGCCAUCUGUAAAACACCAUCUUUCUAGGAUCGACGGCAAUAUCGCAUCUAUUAUUUGUGGUGUCUUCCUCUGGUCAUUCACUACUUGUGCCUCAGUCCACAGUGUUGACUCUGUAUCAGCCAAUUUAAGCGUAUCCAUAGAUGCAGGUCAAAAUUUUGAGUCAAAAAAUGAAUCGACCCAUGGUUUAGCGGGGCUGUUUGACCCACUAACCUAGCUCUAUUGAAGGAUAAUAGGUUAUGAUACUUAUAAUGUAUGGAAUUAGGUGGAAGUUAAAAACUGGUGUUUAAUUCUUUACAAUAUAAUAUUUUUGGUGUGAAAAUAUGUGGUUUAUAGUAUUAAAUUUGUUAGACUACAUAUGCCACUUGAAUAUCACCGGUGAGUACAUUUGUUAGCUAUAUUUUUUGGGGAUUAAUCUAUUUUUUUCAAUAGAUUUGAAAUAGACUGAAUUUUUUAAAUUUUUUUUUUUAAAUCAAUGUAUUUCUUAUUUAAAAUUACAUAUGAGCAAAUAUCAUAAUAAUUUUUAAAAUUAUAUUAAAAUGCAUAUGUUUCUGCAGGGAAUACAGCAUUAUUUGUUUUUGUCAAAAUAUUAUAAAAAUUUUAAAUUUUAUAUGUUGAAAACAGAAAUUUUAUACUGUGAUACAUUAUUUUUCUUAUUUGUAAUAUCAUUAUUUAAAUUUUAAUUUUAAUAUAUAUACAUAUAUCGUGAUAUUAGAAAUAAUUAAAAAAAAUAAACCUAUUCUGCGAUAUAUAAACUAUUAUUUUAAAAAUGACUAUUUUAAUAUAUAUAUAUAUAUAUACUUAUCAUGGUAUUUAUAACAUUUAAUUCAUAAAUAUAUAUUAUCAAUAUCUAAAUAUAAUAUCGUAAUAGCAUUUUUCUUAGUUUAUUAUUUUAAUAACUAAUAUCAUAGUCAGUUUAUCUGAUUCUUAUUGAAAAAAAUAUUUUAAUAUAUUUAUUUAUCAUGAUAUUUAAAAUAAUUAAUAAACAUUAACCUAUCUAUAAUACAAACCAAAUUUUUUAAUAUUUCAGUGUAAAUGUUUAUAAUUUAAAUUAAGUAUUAUACUUUCUAAAAUCUAUUAUUUUUAUAUAUUUAAUAGAUAAUUAAAGAAAAAUAUAAAUGAAGAAAUCAUUGUUAUUUAUACUUCCAGUGAAAGUCAUUUUGACUUUUAAAAACUGUUUAGAAGAUAAAAACUAAAAAAAAACUAUUUAAGAAAGUUGACCAAGGAAAAAUGCCAUAUACAAUAUACCAAUUUAGAGAGGAUAAGAUCAUCUCAAAAUCUUAUAUACAUUUUUUAGUCAAAAAAAAAUCUUGUAUAUAUAUUAUUUACAUUUUUGCUUAGAUGUCGCUUAAAUUUUUAUUAUAUAUUAAUUAAAUAAAGAGAACGAUUCAAUAAAAAUAUGGAGUAGAAAUAAAUAAAAUAUAUUUUUUAGAUAUUCCUAAGCAGCUUCUUUAUAACCAUAUACUUCAUAUAGGCAACUACCAGUGACAUGUUUUUUUUUUCAUGCAAGUUAAGAAUCCAAACAGAAUUAUAUAUAAAUACAUACAUUGCAUAUCAGACAAGAAAGUGAGGAGACACAGAAACAAAACGAAAAUGGGUUCAAAAAGAACAUCGUUGGUUUUAUACAUUCUCUUAAUCUUUCAUCUUCAGCACAAUUUUCCUUCUAUUAAUUCAAGGUCUGCCUCUAUUGAUGUGUACUAUGAGAGUUUUCCUCUCAGAGCCACAAAAUCAGAUGUUGAUGGUUUUGAAGGAAAAGGUCAAGAAUUAGCUGCAGUUACAAAAAAUGGAAGCGGUGGAGGAUGGCGUGGUGGCGACUGUGGAAGCACCAGAAUAGGAGAUGGUGGAGGAUGGCGUGGCGGCGGUGGCACCAUAAUAGGAGGUGGUGGAGGAUUGCAUUGCUGUCGUGGUGGCUGUGGCGGCACCAGAAUAGGAGGACGUAGAGGAUUGAGUGGCUGGUUUGGCUCCAGAAUAGGAGACAGACUGCGUGACUGGUUUGGCUCCCCAAUAGGAGGCGGCGGUGACCACGGUGACGGCGGUAAUAGUGGUGGCGGCGGUGGUAGUGGCGGCGGCGGUGGCGGCGGCGGUGGCGGCGGCGGUGGCGGCGGUAGUACUGGAAUAGGAGGCGGUGGAGGAUUGCCUGGCGGCAGCGGUGGAAUAGGAGGCGGCGGAGGAUUGCCUGGUGGCGGUGGCGGAAUAGGAGGCGGUGGAGGAUUUCCUGGCAUCGGCAGCGGCGGAAUAGGAGGCGGUGGAGGAUUUCCUGGCAUCGGCGGUAGUGGUGGCGGUGAAGGAUUUCCUGGCAUCGGCAGCGGAACAAGAAGCGGAAUAAGAAGCGGAAUAAGAGCCGGUAAAAAAUUACCUGACGGCAGCGACAGUGACAACGGAACAGAAAGCAGUGGAGGAUCACAUGGCGGCGGCAGUGGCAAAGGAAUAGGAGGCGGUGGAGGAUUGCCUAGCGGCGAUAGUACUGGUGGAUCUCACCGUUCAAGCAGCAGCCAAAAUAUUCGAGGGGGAGUGUGCGCUGUAUGUUGGUUGAGUUUAUUGGUUUUAGCUGGUUUAUUAUUGGUUUAUAAGGAUCUAAAAUAUAUGUUGGCCAUUUAAAUCAAAAUCUGUGAUGUCGAUGUUUGACAUUAUGUCUGGAUUGGUCUGAGAUUAAUUGGGCCAUUGGUAAGUAGGUAAAAUGUUUAAUACAUUUUAUUACAUUUUACAGGUAAGUGAUUUUACUAGUAUGA